AUGACACUCGCGGCGGGACUUGGGACCUUGGAGAUGUUCUCCUUCUUAAUGGGACUUUCGGGGCCGUUCUUCUGGGUAGUGCAGACGUUCGUGGGAUCUCCCUACGGCCGACAUGCCAGCGCCAGUUUCGGCCCUCCUCUGCCAGUGAAGCUGGCGUGGUCCUUGCAGGAGCUGCCAUGCUUGCUUGUGCCCCUCUAUGUGGUCACCUGCACCCCGGCCAAGCGCUUCAGCUACUGGCCCAAUCGCAUUCUCCUGGCCAUCUUCGUCUUCCACUACUUGCAAAGGGCAUUAAUUUUCCCCUUUCUGAUUCGUGGAGGAAAGCCAAUACCACUCUUCAUAUUCUUGAGUGCAUUUAUGUUCUGUACCCUUAAUGGAUUCUUGCAGAGCCAGUACUUGAGUAACUAUGCAGAGUACUCUGACAACUGGAUAAAAGAUCCCCGUUUUAUCAUAGGUUGUGCCAUAUGGCUAAUAGGGAUGCUAAUAAAUGUUUAUUCUGACAAUAUCCUAAGAAACUUGAGAAAACCAGGAGAGACUGGGUACAAAAUACCAAGAGGAGGCUUGUUUGAAUAUGUUACUGCAGCCAAUUUCUCUGGAGAGAUAAUAGAAUGGUGUGGAUAUGCUCUUGCAUGCUGGUCAUUGGAAGGCACUGCAUUUGCACUAUUUACAACCUUUAAUUUAAGUGCUAGAGCAAAACACCAUCACAGGUGGUACCUGGAGAAAUUUGAAGACUAUCCAAAGUUGAGGAAAAUUAUAAUUCCGUUUUUGUAUUAAGCACAUCAUCAGUGAGAUUUUCUUCUACCUUCACCAUAAAGGGUUCGAAUAAUUUUCUCCAGGGAAUAUAUAUAUAUUAUAUUUAUAUAUGCAUAUAACUAUCAUUAUUUUUCCUUAAUAACAUUUCAGAGAAUCUUCUAAGUUUUCCAGAAUAAACUUCCAAAAGUUCUAAUAAUUGACAAGACAAAAUAGCAGCAUAUUCCUAAUACUGAAUGCAAAGAAUCCAAUCUCAGGUUCUCUGAAUUUUAAUUAUUUCUUAGGGCACUGGUUUUGCAAAGGUUGAUUUUGCCACUUUAUGAGCUUCUUGGAAAGAGGCACUGAUUUUUUGCCUUCCUUGUAUUCCCAGUGCUUAGCACAGCUACUGGCACUCAAUAAAUUCUGAUUUAUCUACUGAC